UUUUAGUUCACCUGUGAUUUAUGGCUUUAAGAUUUAAACGUUCGAUUAGCUUGAAAUUCCUAUGCGGUGAAGUCUUGUUAAUUCUGUUUAGUUAAUAAUUGUAGUAUAUUCUUUCUGAUUCGAAAUGGGUAAGGGAUCCAAAGAUAAACGUGAUAUAUAUUACCGUAAAGCCAAAGAGCAUGGUUGGAGAGCUCGAAGCGCAUUCAAACUUCUACAAAUUGAUGAGAAAUACGACAUACUCGAAGGUGUGAAGAAAGCAGUCGAUUUAUGUGCUGCACCAGGUAGUUGGAGUCAAGUCUUAUCUCGAAGACUUUAUUUAAACGAGAAGAUAUCUCUUUCACCAAGGGAUGAACUGGAAGAGUGUAAUGAAACUCCUGCUGAAGAAGUGGAAGAAAAGGUUGAACCAAAAAUUGAGCCCAAUGAAGAUGUUAAGAUUGUAGCAGUAGAUCUACAACCUAUGGCUCCUUUGCCUGGUGUUAUUCAAUUGCAAGGAGACAUUACUAAAUUGUCCACAGCCCAAGAAAUCAUACAACAUUUUGAAGGAAAACUUGCCGACCUUGUUGUAUGUGAUGGGGCUCCAGAUGUCACGGGUCUCCAUUGCAUUGAUAUUUACAUCCAGAGCCAACUUAUCCUUGCUGCUCUCCAUAUUGCUUGCAAUGUUCUAAACAAAGGGGGAACAUUUGUGGCAAAAAUAUUCAGAGGAAAAGAUAACGAUUUACUCCAUAAUCAGUUUCUUACCAUAUUCAAAGAAGUGAAUAUUUUCAAACCAAGUAGUUCGAGAAAUUCAAGUAUAGAGGCGUUCCUUGUUGCAAAGAAUUACUGUCCACCUGAAGGCUUUGAUCCAAAAUUGAUGACACCAUUUUUGAAUGCUGGAGAAAGAAAUUUUGACCAGCUUACUGGAGUUAACAGGGUGAUAAUUCCGUUUAUGGUUUGUGGAGAUAUGAGCUCUUAUGAUUCAGAUGUAACAUAUCCCCUUCAGAUGGAAGGAGAUACACAGCCUUACACCUAUCAUGAGCCGGUGCAGAAACCUAUCGAUCCCCCUUACAAAGAUUUAAAAAAUAUGCCACAGCCAAAACCGGUCGCAGAGGGAAGUCCCGAAUUGGAGGCCCUUUCCAAACCUUGCACUUCAUCAAAGUCCGACACAGAUAUGGAUCUAGAGCCGAAUUCAAGCAAGAGUGAUACGCCCAUCGAAAUAGGGGGGAUCAUAGCCGAUGCAAAUGCUACGUCUGAAGACCUAUUAGGUUUGCUAAUUCACACCUUGAAAAAUGACGACCCUGCUGUUCAAGAUAGUCUGGCGAAUCUCUUGAACAGUUUGGGUAUAAGUAACAUUGAGAAGGUUAUCAAGGAGAAAGGUACCACCAUUUCAACACAAACUAUCGGAGUUGUUCAAGGCUCUUCGAAGGAGGUUCAAGUGCCGGAGAUAGCUGGAUCGUCUGAACAACCUGUGGUGAGAACGGUGCUGGUUGAGUCAGCGCAGAGGCACAAUUCACCUGCUGAAAGCCAGUGUGAAAUCACCAGUGGUGAAAAUUCAGGAUUAGACCCUCAACUUCUAAACCAGGAUAACUUGGAAGAAUGCGACAAUUUUAUCAUCAAUUGGGUGAAGUAUGACAGAAGUACCUGCACCUGUGGUGUUGAUAUUAUCGCUAAUGAAGGUGCUGCAGAUUGUGAUUCCGAUUGUGAAGAAGAAGCAAUUAAUAUAAUUUAAGCAUCGAAAUUUAUGUUUUCCUAAUUUCCUUUAUCAGUUUUGGUAGGAAAGCAAGUUGCUGGUAUUAUUGGUUUUAUGAUCUUCUGUCUUUCCUGAAUUUUGGAAGGUGGUACACUCAAUGUUAUAUGGCGAUAUACUCCAAUAUAUUGCUGAUAGGUGAGCCAAAAAUGCCGGUUCAAUUAGAUUCCUAUGGAAUUUUUGUUUUUGAUAGUUAACUUCAGAUGAAGUAUUUUAAAAUAGACCUCCUCUUGGGUAUUAUCAACUCCGAAAAUGUGUGCUUGCUUAACAUGUUAUACAUAUCUGGUAUUAUUGGCUUUUGUGUCAAAUUUUGUAUAUUUUUGUAUUUUAUAUUUGUCUUGUAAUUUGUUUCAACUGUUUUAUAUGAUUUCAAGAAAUUUUUACAAUUUGGAGAAUGAAAAUGGAGACAAAGGGAAGUGAUGUUAAAUUGCAAAAUUUGCUGCGAAACUUGGCGGAUCUUUUCUGUCAAAUUUUAAAAGAAUUAAGAGCUGCAUUGAAUACAGUUGCCAAUGACAACAAUAAAAAUUUCAGUAUAGAUAAAUUUCAUUGCUUAAGGAGUUUAAACUUGUAGAUUCACAAAGUAAUAGAAAAGCAUUUCUGAAAUAUUCAGCAUCAUUUGUCCAAAUGUUAUUGCAAAUUUUAUGGAAACCAGUAGGUUUAGAGUAAGGAAGUCAGUGCAGAAAUUAUGUAGCCCCAGCGUUACAUUUUGAACACAAUAUCGAAAAAUACACUUAAUAUUUUUAAACUUACUAUUGUUAUGCUUAGAGGCUAUUUUAGAGAAAAUUUAGUUUCAUAUCGAAGGGCAAGGCGAGGUUGAAAUAUUGUUGAAUAAAGGUUUUUUCAAAUAUGGCUUCCCAAAGUUGUUACAACUGUCCAAUGCUAUUCUAGCUAGUUUAAGCGCUCAAAUGAAUUUUAAAAUUAAUGACACUGCUAGAAUAAUCUGUAAUCACCAUCCACAAUUUGAAAUUGUUCGAAUAAAUCUUGUUGAAGCA